AUGGAGAAGAGGUAUGAAGAACUGGUGCACUACUCAGGGUCGGAGGCCAUGUCAGUGGGGGGGUACGGCGAGGACGUCAGGACGCUUCCUCCCCCACAGUACGGAGCCCCCAUCCCUGACUCGCUCAAACACCACAAAGACCUGAUCUAUGGACACCCACUGUUUCCACUGCUGGCCUUAGUGUUUGAGAAGUGCGAGCUGGCCACCUGCUCCCCUCGAGACCCUGCCCCCUUCCCCGCCACCUCCCACCUCACGGGCAUGACCAACCACAGCGACGUCUGCUCCUCGGAUUCCUUCAACGAUGACAUCGCUGCCUUCGCUAAGCAGAUUCGUUCAGAGAAACCCAUAUUUUCGUCCAAUCCUGAGCUGGACAACUUGAUGAUCCAGGCCAUACAGGUUCUUCGCUUUCACCUACUGGAGUUGGAGAAGGUGCACGACCUGUGUGACAACUUCUGCCAUCGCUACAUCACCUGUCUGAAGGGCAAAAUGCCCACGGACCUGGUCAUGGAUGAUCGGGAGGGCGGUUCCAAGUCGGACAUGGAGGACUUCAAUGGAUCCUGCACCAGUCUGUCAGAGCAGAAUGCAUCAUGGCUCCGGGAGCCAGAUGAGUGUGCCUCUACUCCUCUGGGAACACCAGGAACCUGUGGCCUGCCCUCACACAGCACAUCAGACAACUGUAGCGACCCAGGCGAUGGUCUGGAUGGAGGAGUGGGCUCCCCCAGCACAGGAGAGGAGGAUGAGUCGGACAGAGACCGGAGGAACAACAAGAAGAGAGGGAUCUUCCCCAAAGUGGCUACAAACAUCAUGAGAGCCUGGCUCUUCCAGCACCUGUCGCACCCAUACCCAUCUGAGGAGCAGAAGAAGCAGCUGUCACUGGACACAGGACUCACCAUCCUACAGGUCAACAACUGGUUCAUCAACGCCAGGAGGAGAAUAGUUCAGCCGAUGAUUGACCAGACCAAUCGCUCAGGUCAGGGUGGUCCCUACAGCCCAGAGGGAGCGGCCCUUGGGGGCUACGGGCUUGACGGGCAGGCCCACCUUGGUCUCCGAGCAGCAGGUCUCCAGGGGAUGUCCUCUCUGCAUGGUGACUACUCCAGCGCUCUCUUGGCCCAGCAAGGCUACCCUCCCCACCCAGGACCUUCCCUCCACCCUUACCCGGGCCCACACCCCCACCCCGCCAUGCUGCUCCACCCGCCGCCACACGCACACCCUGCAGAGCCACUCCUCACGCAGGGACUGGACAUACACGCACACUAGCUGUAGGGGGCGUCGGGGGUGUGCCUGUGAAGGAAAAUUACUGUAUGAAUGUGUGUGUGAGUGAGUGUGUUUGGCUAGAUAUGUAAGUGUGUGUGUGUGUGUGUGUGUGUGUGUGUGUGUGUGUGUGUGUGUGUGUGUGUGUGUGUGUGACUGUGAAUGUGUAAUGACGCACACAGUACACUAUUUAAAGAAAAAAAGACACAUUGCUCCGAAAGUUUACAUUCCCCACUGAAAGACACUGACCUCAAUGUAGCUGUUCCACUUGCUAACACACCCACACACACACACAGACAGACACACACACAGACAGACACACACAUACCGUCUGGUUUAAGCCAUACCUCUUUCAGAGUAGAAGUGCUUCCUCCUCUCCAAAUGUUGCCACUGUGUCCUGUGGGUGAGACACAUGCUUUAAACUACACUUCCCAUCAGCCCCAUCAUGCCUGCUGAAACCACAGGAAGAUGCUCGACUGGAUCAGAGACACAGAUGAUUAUUGAUCCUCAGACUUUUGUACCACAGCACAUUGACGUUACUGGAUGGGACUUGAUCCUGUGAACACGCCUUUUUCACAACCCCCUGUCUUCCUGUGCACGCUGACUGUCAAAGAUACACACACACACCUUCACACACACUUUAUUUAAAGCUGAUUUGAGUUGUUUUUUUCUUAUUCUAUUUUUCUAUUUAAGUGUGCCACUCCAGGCGGAUGUAGCCUCACAUGAGCUUGUUGAAAUGUUAGUGCUCUUCCUCAGCAUGAAGCUAAACACUAUGAAUGACUUCCAGUCUGCCUCGCUCUCGUACCACUGAGAUCCUUAAAAUGCCAACAGGGGUCCGAUACCUUAGGAUCUUUCCUACACACGCAAAUACACAACAUAUACACACAUACACACAGCAAGACACGCUACACUGAAAGCCAUUUCUACACACAGACAUACAAACACACACAAACUUCUGUAAGCAUUUCUAGUACAUGUUUGUUUGUCGCAGCCAGCGUUGUGUGAGGGGAGCUGCGGCCAAAGGACUCUUCAAACAUUGAGCUCCCUCUCCACACUGCUCGGAGCGCUUCAACAUUUCUGAAUGAUGAUGGGAAAAUAUGGUUAAAGUAUUAAAAUGAUUUUUUUCUAAGA